AAAGCGUCUCUGACCUCUCCUCUCAUUUUCCCACCUGAUUUCUCUCUGUUUCUCAACUGCUUCUUCUUCUUCUUUUCUAUUUCACACACACUAGUGUGAUUUUUCAUUUGUAUUUUGGUAAAUUGGUAUAUCAAUGGUUGCUCAGGCCGUGAAUUACUGGCUAACGGAGCAUCCAACGAUCGUUAACUUCCGUUGGAGCCCAACCCAAUCAUACGCCUCCACAUGGUCUUUCCUCUUCACCGCCGUCUCAUCCUACGUCAUCGCCGCCGUCACUCUCCACCUCCUUCUCGCAAUCCUCCCAAUCCGAUCCCGUCGCGGCCUCUCCCUCGGCCCAAUCCCGGCCCUACACAGCUUAACCAUGGCUUUCAUCUCCGCCGUCAUCUUCGUCGGUAUCCUCUUCUCCGCCGCCGCUGAGAUCCGCGACACGCGCUGGCUAUGGCGACGCACGCGCACGACGGCUCUCCAGUGGUUCCUCUGUUUUCCCGUCGGCACACGCGCUUCUGGGCGCGUGUUCUUCUGGUCUUACGCGUUUUACCUCUCCCGAUUCCUUCACUUGUUCCGUACCUUCUUCUCCGUGAUACGUCGUCGUAAGCUCAGCUUCUUCCAGCUCAUCAACCAGUCUUCUCUCCUCUGUAUCUCCUUCCUCUGGCUCGAGUUUUCCCAAUCCUUCCAGGUUGUGGCGAUACUGUUGACGACCGUUUCAUACGCCGUCGUGUACGGUUACAGAUUUUGGACGGCGAUUGGGUUACGUGGCGCGUGUUUUCCGUUCGUCGUUAACUGUCAAGCCGUUUUGUUGGGGUGUUUAACGGUGUGCCACGUAGGCGUUCUCUACAUCCACCUGGUCAAACGUGGCGGUUGUAACGGUAUCGGAGCUUGGCUGUUUAACUCCGUUCUAAACGCCGUUAUCUCAUUGCUCUACUUGAAGUUUUAUGUCAAGACGCGUUCAUUGACAACAGCUAAGCCCACGUAAACUAUCGUUUAUGUGCAUAUAUAUUUUUUGUAUUAUUUGAAAUGAUAAAAUAUAUUAUCAUCCGGAGAAGAAUCUACUUCAGGGGAAAAAAAUAAAAACUGGAGAAAGAUUCAUUUUUUCUGUUGUUUUAUGAUGAUUACGGGAAUGUAUAGUAUGAAUGUAAUUCCGUAAUCGGAAUCUGGUAAAGAUUCAAGAACUUGGGAUUAGGAUUAGUUGUAGUUGCUCC